CUCGACCUCGACCUCCUCACCACUACCGCAACCCCGUCGUAAUGCGGGCGCGCGCCGCCAUUGCCAUUUAACCUGAUCCCUACGAAUGCAUCUAGUGCCCGUCCCCACGUCCAGCGCAAUUGAUCCCGGUUGAUCGCUCGCCAUCCAUACAGUCCCGAAAUUUCGCUCGCUCCACCCGACAGCUCAACCACAACACUGGUUUCCUGGGCUAUCGAAUUGCACCAUUCAUUCCUCUUCCCACUGGCCACCAUGUCAGCUCGUCUGUCCCUGGGUCGUCGGGGCGAUUCCGACGACGGGCGACAGCAGCAGCAGCUCCCUUUCGCAGGGGAGGACGACAUCCAAGACGACAUCGCUGCAUUGGAGCAAUCUGCCUCUGGGUCAGCCACACUCCCACGCUCGCGAUCAACGAGAGCAGCAUCCGUCACAGCAGGUUCCCUUUUAUCUAGCUCCUUCUCCCAAAGGACUCCGGCACGGUCUUUCGCUCACCAAGCCUCUCACUCUGGCCCAGAAAACCCUCCCCAGUACUCCUCGCAUGGCGUUCGUGAACGAUCGAGCCAACUCGCCUCCUACGCAUUGGACUCCGAGGUAUACCAGGACCGAGACCGAGCGUUGAGUUUUGCGGAUUCAGAUUCAUUCUCCGGCCGCCGGCGGAACUUCUACGCAGAUGUAGAGUUCGGGUCUGGAAGGAGAUAUUCAGACUCGAUCGAUACGGACGUCGUUGAUGAAGAAAGUGAACCAGAAUCGUCAUCCACAAUCGUUGGCACGACACGAGGAGACUCAUCCAGCCAAAUGGCAAAGACCAAGGCGCAACAAAAGAGAGGGCCUGCACCCGAGGUGGUUGUGGAGGACACAGAAUCAUACCUUCCAUCAGAGCGCACGCCGCUACUUCCUAAAGCUCGUCUCUCGCGAACAGAUUCCCAACCCAAACCGAAGGCCACGGGAGAGUUGCAGGCCGAACCACUCCGCCUCCGAAAAACGAGAUUCGGUUUUGGAGAUACAUGGCGGCAUGGCAAGGAGCACAUCUCCAAGUUCCAACGCACCAUAUCCAGCCCGAAAACAUAUACCAAGGAAGCCGCCAUUGCAGGUGCCACAGCCAGUCUGCAGACGUUAUCUGCAGUCUUCCUUGGCCUUCUUUUGAAUAUUCUAGAUGCCCUUUCCUACGGAUAUAUUCUUUUCCCACUCGGAGAAUCCGUUUUCAGCAAGACAGGGCCAGAUGGUAUCUCUAUCUUCUUCGUUAGCUGCAUUGUCUCGCAACUAUGCUACUCCUUCGGUCUAUCCGUCUUCCGAGGUGGUGUUGGUUCUGAGAUGAUUGAAGUUGUUCCAUUCUUCCAUAAAAUGACCUAUUCGAUCAUGGCCAAGAUGGAGGGCGAGAGCGAUGAGGCUAUCAUGGCCACCGUCAUUGUAGCGUAUUGUUUAAGCUCCAUCGUAACUGGUCUCAUCUUCCUGGCAUUGGGCGGCUUCAAACUUGGAAACCUCGUCAGCUUCUUCCCACGGCACAUCCUAAUUGGGUGCAUUGGGGGAGUGGGUUUCUUCUUGGUCGUCACGGGUAUCGAGGUAUCUGCACGUCUGGAAGGCAACCUCAACUACGACUUUGAGACGUUGCAGAAGCUAUUCUCACACGACACAGUGUAUCUUUGGAUGUUGCCUCUCGCUCUUGCCAUUAUUGUGCUCAUUUUGAGGCGCUUGAACAAGAGCCCGUUCAUUCUCCCAGCGUUUUUCAUUGUUGUAUUUGCGGCAUUUUACACAAUUGUCAAAGGCAUACUCAAACUCGAUUUGGAGAACGUCCGAAACUCGGGUUGGAUAUUCGAGAAGCCCGAGGCCGGCGUACCAUUUUAUCGUUUCUACUCUUAUUUCAAAUUCGGGCAAGUUGAUGGCGCAGCUCUUGCCAGCACUAUACCCACCAUGUUUGCUUUAUCUUUCUUCGGCAUUAUCCACGUGCCUAUUAACGUUCCAGCGCUCGGAGCGGCGGUCAAAGAGGACGACGUUAAUGUCAACCGCGAGCUCAUUGCUCAUGGCAUCUCCAACACGCUUUCAGGCUGUGUUGGUAGCAUUCAGAAUUACCUUGUUUACGCUAACAGCAUCUUGUUCAUAGCGAAUGGUGGUGACAGCCGCUUUGCAGGCUUUCUACUUGCCAUGGCGACAACUGCUGUCUGGGUGGCCGGCCCUGCCAUGAUCGGAUUCAUCCCCGUCUGUCUCGUUGGUGCACUGAUCUUCCUUCUCGGAAUCGAGCUUAUGCAGGAGGCUGUCUGGGACACCUUUGGAAAAUGCCACAAGCUAGAGUACCUCACGAUCAUUGCGAUCGUCCUGAUCAUGGGUGUCUACGACUUUGUCGUCGGCAUCUUCACCGGCAUCGUAAUGGCUUGCCUGAGCUAUGUCGUUCAGAGCUCCCGGACACCAGCUGUUCGAGCCACAUACAGUGGUGAGGUCGCCGAGUCCACAGUCCGUCGACCUCGUGCAGACCGUCGUUACCUCAGUCAGGUGCGCGGACAAAUCCGGGUCA